AUGAUGACCAGCUACCCCGAGCACGAGGACGCCGCGGGGGCCCUGCUGGCUCCGGACACCGGCCGCUCAGCCAAGGAACCCGAGGCGCCGCCGCCGCCGAGCCCGGGCAAGGGCGGCGGCGCGGCGGCCCCGGAGAAGGCCGACCCCGCGCAGAAGCCCCCGUACUCGUACGUGGCGCUCAUAGCCAUGGCGAUCCGCGAGAGCGCCGAGAAGCGGCUCACGCUCUCGGGCAUCUACCAGUACAUCAUCGCCAAGUUCCCGUUCUACGAGAAGAACAAGAAGGGCUGGCAGAACAGCAUCCGCCACAACCUCAGCCUCAACGAGUGCUUCAUCAAGGUGCCGCGCGAGGGCGGCGGCGAGCGCAAGGGUAACUACUGGACGCUGGACCCGGCCUGCGAGGACAUGUUCGAGAAGGGCAACUAUCGGCGCCGCCGCCGCAUGAAGCGGCCCUUCCGGCCGCCGCCCGCGCACUUCCAGCCCGGGAAGGGGCUCUUCGCGGCCGGGGGCGCGGCGGGCGGAUGCGGCGUGCCGGGCGCGGGCGCAGACGGCUACGGCUACCUGGCGCCCCCCAAGUACCUGCAGUCCGGCUUUCUGAACAACUCGUGGCCGCUGCCAGAGCCCCCAGCCUGCCAGGGUGGGGGCUGGGGAUUUUUUCACCGCUGGUCCCCUGCACUGUCUUCAGGGGAGCAUUCCUCCUCCCUGGUCCGUGCACAAGAGAACGGGAAAACCGGGUGCAAACGCACGAAGCGGGUUGGCCACGGCUGCAGCCCCCAGCAGUGCCGCCCAGCCAAGAGGGGCGAGGGGAGGCCCCGGGCCCAGAGGCCAGGCACGCCUCCUCUUUGCUAG